GUACUCCGUAGAUCAUAAACAGGUUAAACCGUCCGAUUUAGAUAAGCCAGUUGCGCCAUUGGCCGGACUAUCGAUGUUCCGCCGGUGAGGGUUCGCCGCGGGAAGUGUAAGCGCCGGAGAGAGAGAUCGCUUUAUCGAGUUUCCCGACAUCAUCUCUGGUGACUCUCUUGUCACAACCAGACCACAAUGGCAGCCUCUACACAGAGUUUCAGAUGCCUGCAGGCUUCCUCAUCAAGGAAGAUAUCUCAAUCUCUGUUCUCCAUCCCCCUUACAUCCCGACACUAUGCCACAACUUCAUCAGACUCCGCAACCUCGAAUAUAUCCGACAAGUCCCGAUCACCUACUCGCAGACCUACCACCACCUUCCGAGAUAAACUGAACGCCGGACCCUCGUUUGCGGAUUUCGUUUCUGGAGGGGCGAAGGACAAGGAGCCUCUUACCCCGGAAGAUGCAUAUGCUCUCAAGACAGCUCUUGUCGGUCCCGCUGGCCGCAAGAAGGAGAUGACGCGCUUGCCCUCGUGGUUGAAGACGCCAAUUCCUGAAGGCGAGAAUUUCAAGCGCAUCAAGAAGGAUCUGCGUGGUCUGAAUCUUCACACCGUCUGUGAAGAGGCCCGAUGUCCUAAUAUCUCGGACUGCUGGGGCGGUAGCUCCAAGUCGGCGGCCACGGCGACGAUCAUGCUGAUGGGUGAUACCUGCACGAGAGGAUGCCGUUUCUGCAGUGUUAAAACGUCGCGAGCUCCGCCUCCGCUUGACCCGCACGAGCCAGAAAAGACUGCGGAGGCCCUGAAGCGGUGGGGUCUUGGAUACGUCGUAUUGACUAGUGUCGACCGCGAUGACCUGGCGGAUGGUGGUGCUAGACAUUUUGCCGAAACGGUUAUCAAGAUCAAGCAGAGAGCUCCUAGUAUUCUGGUGGAAUGCUUGACGGGUGACUAUGCAGGAGAUCUGGACAUGGUGGCGCUGGUCGCCCGCUCCGGCUUGGAUGUAUACGCUCACAAUGUCGAGACGGUCGAAGCCCUGACGCCCCAGGUUCGAGACCGCCGUGCCAACUUCCAGCAAUCACUCCGCGUUCUUCAGGCUGCCAAGAAGACUAGGCCAGAACUGAUUACCAAGACCUCUAUCAUGCUGGGUCUCGGUGAGACCGAUGAACAGCUCUGGGAUGCUCUGCGCCAACUGCGAUCCGUCGAUGUCGACGUCGUCACCUUUGGCCAAUACAUGCGUCCCACGAAACGACACAUGGCCGUACACGAGUACGUCACUCCGGACCGAUUCGAGCUCUGGCGCCAGCGCGCUCUCGAUAUGGGCUUCUUAUACUGCGCUUCAGGACCCUUGGUCCGAAGCAGCUACAAGGCCGGAGAGGCGUUCAUCGAGAACGUACUGAAGAAAAGGCGCGGUGGCGCUGGCAAGGCGGACGAACAAACCGUUGGAGUCGAGAAUGUGAUCGCAGACGGAGCUGCAGCUUGAUUGGGGCCCUCUGAAAUCUGGUCCUGUCUCUUCUGCUCCGACCUUCCCACCUCAUGGGAGGUCUUCUCCUUUCCGUCUCAUCACUCUGUAUGCAUAUAAAUGUUGUAUUCGGCGUUAUUUAUCACUUGGAUUUCUAGCAUGGCUCUCGACCGACGGAAAUUGAGACUGUAUCUGUCAUUUCCUAGAUCCGUUUUUUUCUAUCUUUCAUUCUUCAUCGGGAAAAAAAAAACCCCGUUCUUUAUAGAAAACAAUGUUCCGUGGUACUAACUCUACAGAGU